CUCCGACUCAAACUUCCAUUUUUGUUUUUCAUUCUACAUCUACACUGAGCUUGAAGCCGUUACUGAAAGAAACAAAACUGUUAAUAUUUGAAGAAUUGAAGGUAUUUUGUGUUAUCUCAUGCAGUUUUCAACUUUCUGCAUAGAAGUUCUUCUUUUAAACUUUCAUAUUGUUUUUAAUUUUGUUACAAAAGGACGCAAGCAGGUGUCUAAAAUAAUCUAAAAUGUCUCAGUUUCAUUUCGAUUUGAAUUCUGCUUUAAAAAUGGACGAGCCUACCAAAGGCCCGAUUCCGCGAUGGCAGAAAAAGGGCUUGGAUUCUAGUUCAAGCAGUAUCAACAUAAGCUUGAAUAAUUCGCUGAAGCCUAGAUCUUUCUCGAUGAAUGUGACCUCCAAAUCUCCAAGCAGAAAUAAUGGCAAGAUGGGUGGAGAGGGGGCUGGGGGCAUUUUGAAGAAAACCCCAUCCAAAACUCCCUCCAAGACACCAUCAAAAACUCCAAAGAAGUCACCAGGUGUGCUGAAUCUGACGACUCCGGCUAAAGGAAGGACCCCGGGCGGCGGAGAUCGCUUCAUUCCCGACCGCAAUGCUACCAACUUCGAUCUCGGCCAUUUCAGGAUGCUGGAUGAGCCAGUGGAUGCGAACAUGAGUCCAACACAGAAGGACAUGCAACGCAACAUGAUGGAGAACCUCUGUGGUCAGGACAUCGAGAACGCGCGUGUGCUAGCCUUUCAGAAAAAAGCUCCAGCUCCUCCUGAUGGGCACACGAACUCAAUGAAGGUGGUGUACAGCCAGUCGAAGGCGGGCACCGGCUCGAAAGGAGGCGCUGGGGGUGGCUUGGGGACGUCGCGCUACAUCUCACAGGCGCCCGACCGCAUCCUGGACGCACCCGAGUUGGUCGACGACUACUACCUCAACCUGAUCGACUGGAGUCCGGCCAACGUGCUGGCCGUCGCACUGGGCGUCAGCGUCUACCUGUGGAACGCCGACUCGGGCACCAUCGACCACCUCAUGGAUCUGGACGGCGGCGGUGCCGACUAUGUCAGCUCGGUCAGCUGGGUGCAGGAGGGCAGUGUGCUUGCUGUCGGCACCAGUCUCGGCCCUGUUCAGGUACGCUACAUCUCACUUUCUUCAAAUAAAAUAUUUUUCAAUUAAAUACUUGAUGCACAGGCACUUUCCGAACUCUCACUACAUAAUGACUGUCGACAGAAAAUCACGUUAUAAUCACUGUUGUGUAAUGUUUGUUUGCAGGUGUGCGGCCUGAAAUGGUCGCCGGACGGCCGCUACCUGGCGAGCGGAGGCAACGACAACCUGUUGAACGUGUGGUCGGCAUCGGCGGGGCAGCUGGUGGCCAAUGGGGGCCAGCCUCUCUACUCGCUGAGUGCCCACCAGGCGGCCGUCAAGGCGCUGGCCUGGUGUCCGUGGCACUCGAGUCUGCUGGCCAGCGGCGGUGGCACGGCCGACCGACACAUUCGCUUCUGGAACUGCAACACCGGCGUCUGUCUCAACUCCGUCGACACAAUGUCACAGGUUUGUUCGAUACUGUGGUCCACGAACUACAAAGAGCUGGUUUCCAGUCAUGGCUUUGCAAAGAAUCAGCUCAUCAUCUGGAAGUAUCCAUCCUUAUCGAAGGUGACAGAGCUGACAGGACACACUGCGCGAGUGCUACACCUAGCCAUGUCCCCUGACGGCAGCACGGUGAUCUCGGCCGGCGCGGAUGAGACACUCAGACUGUGGAAGUGCUUUGCGCCCGACCCCGCCAAGAAGAAGGAGGUCAAGGAAAUGAAGAGUGUCACCAGCAUCUUCAAGCAGGGAAUUCGAUAAUCUCCACCCAACAACGACAAACCAAAUUAACUUAUCAUCAUAAGACUAAACUAAUCAACAACCAAAAAUAGUGUCACUGCAUUUUAAGACUACUCCUGCUUUGCGCCAUAGCUAGUAAUAACGGCAAAAUUUGCUUGCUGAAUGAACUUUUCUUCGUGAUGGAGUGAGGGAGACAGGAUCGUUUUGAUGAGGGGGGGGGGGUUUAUCGUAACAAGAAAAUUCACAAAUUUUCAAAACUUUGACUGAAUUAUAUUAAUUUGUGACUAAGGCCUGGUUAAAACCACUCAGUUAUUGAAUCUAAUGAACCAUUAAAUUUAUAGGUUUGAUGGUUCAUUAGAUUUAAUAAGUGUUCAUUAAAAUACUCCUGCUUUGCGCACCAUUGCUAUUGAUAACAGCGAAAUUUGCUAGCUGAAUGAACUUAGCUUUGUGUGGAUGGGAGGAGGGGGGAAGUUUUAUCGUUUUUCAACAAGAAAAUUUACAAAUUUUCAAAACUGACUGAAUCAUUAUAAUUUGUGACCAAGGCCUGGUUAACAUGACACUUAUUAAAUCCAAUUGGAUCUUUAUUAAAUUCAUAGGUUGAGUGGUUCAUUAGAUUUAAUAAAGUGUUCAUUGAAACUAUAUUAAGCCUCGAUUUCUAGGACUCUUGUUUAAUCUAAUGGACCAUUAAAACUUCCGAUUCUAUGUAGAUCUAAUUUUCUAUUAGAUUUAAUAAGUAUCUUAGAAACUGGGACAAGACGUGACCUUUUUAAAAUAAGCGGAGUAAAAUUGUUGAGUUGCAAAAUAUUGACAAAUUAAGAAUUGUGACCACGAACUUGGAAGAAGCCGAGAAAUAAGUCCUAACGUUCUCACGUAUAUCUAUGUUGUGUAGUUUGUCAUAUUAAUCAGGUGUUGAAAUUUGUGACCUGUUUGUUUUCUUCGAGCUUUGAAGACGAUCCUAGUUUUUAAGUUUAUAUGUGUGUAAAAGUCGUGUUCAGAUUGUGCUAAUAUUGAGGGGAAAUAAUGUUGACAUACUGUGUAAUCUUGAUCUAUCAGAAAAAAUAUAUUGAAAAAAUGUCAAAAUGGGUCAGAAGAGCAGUGAUCACAAAAAUUAUAUAAGAUAAAUAUUAUUAUUGGGAACUUAUACUACCUUUCAAAUUUAUUCUUAUUGCUUAUUUUUCACUAUGGCAUCACUUCUGGCACAAAACACAGGUAUAAAUUUUUGAUCUGAAAUUAAUCAGAAUUAUCAAAUCUGCCAGUAUAUUUAUAAGAAUAGUUUUCGUAAUACCCAAAAAAAUAAAAUUGAUAAAUAUUUGAAAAAACUUAUCACAAGAACGUUCUUCUUAUACCGAAGACUGAUCCACAAAUUUAAAAAUGUUUUUCAUCACAAUGCUUCUCUGGCAUAGGAAUGUUUUGUCUUACUAAAAUCUACAGUUCCACAUGAUAAUGAAAUAGUCUAGAUUCAUUAUCUAACAGGAAUAAGAAUGAAUGAGUGACCUUACAAUUGGACCAACAACCCCUCAAAUUUACCAGCAUGGUCACCAAUUGAAUUUUUAUUCAGUUUUUGAUGACGUCCCUAUUUUGCAAUCUGUGCUUUUCAAUGCGUUGCUCCUAUUAGGUCAUACUAUGUGUAUAUAUUCGUGUUUUAUAUGACAAGACUUUUUACAUGCUCAAUUGACUAUUAAUGAUAUUGCCUUGUAUUAUAGAAAACAUUUAUGCUACUGAAAUUUUUGUAAAGCAUGAAGAAUUGUAUGGAAAUCUACUUUGUAAUUUGAAAUUUUCAAUAAAGAAUGUCAUCAAGAAAA